UGGGGCAGGCGAGGGGGCCGGCGCCUGAACCUCGUCCUCAUUGGCUGGUGCCUGGUGUCCGACCCGAGUCCGGAACCCGCGUCCCCCAUUCACUGUCAUCACCCCUCAUCCCUGCCUUCCCCCUACCCCGGUCCUACUUACCUCCCUUCUCCUCCUCUUCCUCCCCCUUUCCUUCCCAGCCUCGUCAUCCUCGGGGCCGGAGAGGACUGCUCUCCGACUGGCGGGAGUAGCUGAGGCAGCAGAGGGAGGCUGGAACUUCUUAACUCCACGCCUGACAGUGAGCGAGAGGGAAGCAGAGUCGAGGAAGGGGCGGAGAGGAGAGGAGAGUGAGGCCAGAGAAGGCGCGCGCGAGGGACCCUGCGGAUCCCGAGCCGAGGGCGGCGGAGGGAGGGGCGGGGGUCGCCGGAGCCGAGCCGUCCGGGAGCAGCGGCAGCGGCACAACGGUGGCGGCAGCAGCAGCCAGAGCUCCGCCGCCGUCUCCGCUGCGCGCCCGGAGCUCGGCCGUACGCGCACCCGCGCCCCGGGCCGCUGCGCCCUUGCCGAGCCGGACAGGGGCGCCCGGACGCAGUGUUAGCUCGCAGCCCGCUCCCUCUUCCCGGCAGCUUGCGGGCUCUCGGGAGCUGCGAGCCUGGACGGGGCUCCGGGGUCUUGACGGCAGCCCCGGAGGCGGCGGAGGCGCGCUCCUGCCAGCGGGCGAAGGAGCAACCACCCGGCUGCCCCCUCCUCCUUUCCGCCGGAGUUGAAUCUGUGCUGCCCGUGUCCAGGUGCUGGGCUUCCGGACCGACUCGGACCCCCUACCCCCGCCCGCGGCCGCCUUGUCAUGCUGCCCAAAGUGGAGACGGAAGCCCUGGGACUGGCUCGGUCGCAUGGGGAACAGGGGCAGAUGCCGGAAAACAUGCAAGUGUCUCAGUUUAAAAUGGUGAAUUACUCCUAUGAUGAAGAUCUCGAAGAGCUCUGUCCUGUGUGUGGAGAUAAAGUGUCUGGGUACCACUAUGGGCUCCUCACCUGUGAAAGCUGCAAGGGCUUUUUUAAGCGAACAGUCCAAAAUAAUAAAAGGUACACAUGUAUAGAAAACCAGAACUGCCAGAUUGACAAAACACAGAGAAAGCGUUGUCCUUACUGUCGAUUUCAAAAAUGUCUUAGUGUUGGAAUGAAGCUAGAAGCGGUAAGGGCCGACCGCAUGCGUGGAGGAAGGAAUAAAUUUGGGCCCAUGUACAAGAGGGACCGGGCUCUGAAGCAGCAGAAAAAGGCCCUCAUCCGAGCCAAUGGACUUAAGCUGGAAGCCAUGUCUCAGGUGAUCCAAGCCAUGCCCUCCGAGCUGAGCCUCUCCUCCGCCAUUCAGAGCAUCCAUUCCGCCUCCAAAGGCCUACCUCUGAACCACGCUGCCUUGCCUCCUACAGACUAUGAUCGCAGCCCCUUUGUCACGUCCCCCAUCAGCAUGACGAUGCCACCCCACGGCAGCCUGCAGGGUUACCAGACCUACGGCCACUUUCCCAGCCGGGCCAUCAAGUCUGAGUACCCAGAACCCUACACCAGCUCGCCCGAGUCCAUCAUGGGCUAUUCCUACAUGGACACAUACCAGACCAGCUCCCCGGCCAGCAUCCCCCACCUGAUCCUGGAACUGCUCAAGUGCGAGCCGGAUGAGCCGCAGGUCCAGGCCAAGAUCAUGGCCUACCUGCAGCAGGAGCAGGCCAGCCGCAGCAAGCACGAGAGGCUCACCACGUUUGGGCUCAUGUGCAAGAUGGCAGACCAGACUCUGUUCUCCAUCGUCGAGUGGGCCCGGAGUAGCGUCUUCUUCCGAGAGCUCAAGGUCGAUGACCAGAUGAAGCUGCUUCAGAACUGCUGGAGUGAGCUCUUAAUUCUCGACCACAUUUACCGACAAGUGGUACAUGGAAAGGAAGGGUCCAUCUUCCUGGUUACUGGGCAACAAGUGGACUAUUCCAUCAUAGCAUCGCAAGCAGGGACCACACUCAACAACCUCAUGAGUCACGCGCAGGAGUUGGUGGCAAAGCUUCGUUCUCUGCAGUUCGAUCAACGAGAGUUUGUGUGUCUGAAAUUCUUGGUGCUCUUCAGUUUAGAUGUCAAAAACCUUGAGAACUUCCAGCUGGUGGAAGGCGUCCAGGAGCAAGUCAAUGCUGCCCUGCUGGAUUACACCAUGUGCAACUACCCGCAGCAGACAGAGAAAUUCGGGCAGCUGCUGCUUCGACUACCUGAAAUCCGGGCCAUCAGCAUGCAGGCGGAGGAAUACCUGUACUAUAAGCACCUGAACGGGGAUGUGCCCUACAACAAUCUCCUGAUUGAAAUGUUGCAUGCCAAAAGAGCUUAGUCACAGCGCUUAGGAGCUCGGCUUCCAAACCAGAAAGGGAUUGGUGGUGAGGGAGGUGGGGAGGAAGAACAGGAAGAAAGGAGAAAAAAAAUUCCCCCCCCCCAAAAAAAAUUUCUGAACGGCUCUAAGCAACACUAAUGAGAAACUUAGUUGAAAAGCUAUUGAAUUUUCAAAGGCAUAAUCAUCAACUACGUACUAGCCAAGGAAUGAUGUAUCAGGGUAUUUGUACUGCAAACUGUGAAUCAAAUGGCUUCACAUUCCCCAAAGGAUUCUGUAGAAAAGACAUUACGGUGGAGUGGACGGAACUCGCAGGUGGACACCAACGUGGUGCCAGAACAAAGACCGCCGGCACAGUUCUUGUAAAGGUAAACUGAUCUCCGCUGUGCAGAAAUCUAGGAACUGACCCGUGUUAUUCAUUAGGCGUAUGCAGAGGGGGUCUGAGCUUCUGGAAUCCCUCGUGGUAAAGCUGAACGGAAACAGUUCCCGAGAGUCCGUCAGCUCCACCUCGAUCAGCCCUCCCCUCUUCCUUGCCAGGACCCAGCAUCUUCUGCCCUGUGGUCCUGGGAUCUCUACUAAGGGUUUGUGCUCAGCCACACCCACUAGUAGCGCCACCAAAUCAUGAAGACCUAAUUUUGAAUGUCUGUGUCUUAGACCUGCAAACCGCUAAUAAGAACUGUCUAUUACUAUGUUAGCUUGCCAUUUUAAAUGUGUUCUGGUUUGUUUUGUCACGUGUUCAUGAUAUUUAAAGAAACAAACAAACAAAAACAAUGAAAAAGCAGGCCGUAUCCCUCUUCUGAUCUUAGAGAAGCAGUCAUUAAUAUUAAGGGCAGCGACUACAAACUUAUAAAGCUUUCGCUUUAGCAGUGUUGAAUUUCCCAAAAACUUGCAGCCGAAAGGCUCGUGAGGUUCCAUCCGUCUUUUUGACCAUCAAGGUUUGUAGUUGAUUGAAGAAUGCAAGGUGAACCGUAUUUUUGCUGGGGUGUCAAACCGUCACAGUUCCACGUCGUUUCAAAUCACACUGACGCAUGUUGAGCUAUGCAAAAUUAAAGACAGGGGGCGAACAGAUAACAUGGAUGGACUUUGGUGGCCAUUGAGUAUCCCCUGAACGGAGUGUGGACACGGAGAUCUUUACCCAUGGCCUGGAAAGAUAGCAAAGUGAUUCCCCCCUUCCCCGGAAGGGGAGGGAACAGAGUGAUGCUGAGCUUUCGGAGUCAUAGACCAAAGUCUGCUGUAGAACAAAGCGCGGAGGAGGACAGAGAAUCGCAAAACAGACUCCCCAGACCACACUGUCAGUAUUAUUCACAGGCAAUGCCGGACGUAUGGAAGUCUUGCCUUAUUUCACAAUUCUCAAAGGUAGCCGUGCAGCUGUGGAUCAUCACUGGUCUCCAAUAAAGUGUUCCUACUUUAACGUCGAA